AUGGAGCUUCAACAUUUCAGCCAUGACCAUCCACUGAAUUUCAAGGAUGUGCAAAAGAACAAAGGUACGGAUGUUAUGUGCUAUGGGUGUAAAAAACCAAUCUUAGACCAUGCGUAUUGUUGUAAGCAGUGUGAUUACUUCCUACAUAAGAGUUGUGCAAAACUUAACCGGGAGAUUAAAGAUCCCAUACACCUCGAACACCUUUUAACCCUUGAUGCAGCAAAAAGUUCAAUAUGUGAUGUUUGUAAACAAAGUUGGGAUCGGUUCACCUAUAGAUGUUACAAGUGUGACUUUGAUAUCUGCAUGCCGUGUUUCUUGGAGGAGCGCGUGAUUAAACUUGCAAUUCACCAGCACCCAUUAGGCGUCCUACUUAGGCCAUCCUUGUUCACUUGUGAUAUUUGUUGCAUGGAAGAUAAAGACUCAUCUUAUCUAUGUCACAGCUGUCAAUUUUGGAUACAUAAAAGUUGCGCCUCACUACCUUACACCAUCAAGGUUAAUGAUCACCAUCAUCCUCUCAGCUUAACCAAGCAAUAUCUAUAUAAUAUUACCAAUUUUAAACAGUAUUGCAACAAAUGUGACGAGUUCCUUUGGGUAGCUUCUUCAGUUUACUGUUGUGGCCCCUGUAGAUAUUUUGUCCAUGUAAAGUGCGCAACAUCAGAGGCAGGGUCGUCAAGAGGUGCUGAAAUAAGUAGCAGUAAUAAAGAUGACGAAUUUCUUGAGUCUAAUCCGGUAAAUUUACCGGUGAAUGAUGAAUUUGUAGAUCUGGCUAGAUAUUUUGUUAAAGAUAUCAACAUUAACGAGUUUGAGAAAGAAACAGAGAUUAAUAAUUGGAGCCAUGAGCAUCCGUUACUUCUUUUCGAUGUGCAAAAUAUCAAUGAGGUUGUGCCCACUUACCAGAGGAGGUUCAACACCCAAGUCACCCUGAACACUUGCUUAAGCUUGGGAGAUUCACUAGCAUCUAUUCGCUCAUCAAAUGUGACUGUUGCAACAUGA